CAUAUCAGCGCCAAGCACGCACUCUUGUGAAACUUUGAAGAGGCAUACAACAAUGAGUUUAUUCUAUAAGGUUGCCCGGUGUUAUGCGCAGGAGCUGGAUUCCACAGGACAGUUGUUGCCAGUCUCAGGGCCUCUGGACUCCCCAAAGUUCCUCCCCCUUCAUCUGGUGAAGAGGGUUGAAAAGGGCUGGUAUUUAUUUAAAAAAGUACAAUACCACCCGAUCUCAGUGGACCUGGGCAUGGUGCUAGUGGAUGGAGACACCUCAGACAUUGUUCAGAAAGUCAGUCCAGUGGGAACUGGCGAGCUGUCUUCAUGUAUUGCUGUGGCUGUGAACGCUGAUUUGAAGAUCCCUGUUUUGGAUGCUGGGGCUGAAGCUAGCCACACCCAGACUAAGUCUGUGGAGUCCACACACUUGGAGAAAGUGGAGAUCUGCCCAGACAGCCUGUUGAAAAAGCUAGAAAACAGCAAGUUCAACAUGAAUCACUGGAAGAUGAAACAACUGAGAAACGCUAGCAGGGUGUGUGUGGUCGUUGAGGCUGUCCGAACUCGGAACAGAAUGAAGCUAAUUAAGGACUCAUCAUUAAAGUUGUCCCUGACAAAAUUAACUAAGGUGGGGGCAAAUGUGGAAGGAAAGAGAAAUCUGAAGUUUGUGUUUGAAGAGGGCACUGUCCUGGCAUGUAAAGCCUAUGAACUCAACAUUUCGACCAAAGGAGAGUUUCGUUGUGCUUCACCUCCAAGUGAAAGAAACCCUUCUCCUUUUAUUACAGAGGAUGAGGUCUCAUUCAUGUUCCAAGAAAAUAUCAUGUCCAUAAACAAGGACGUGGAAAGCUACAUCCAGAGUGAGUUUACUGAUUUGUUUGACCUGGAGCGGCCAGCUCGUGCUGAGCUCUGGACCCUUCUGUCAGAACUGCUGCUGGACAGAGAGGCCCUAACUGCGCUGGACAGCUUUGUGGACGAUGCAUUGUGUGGUGAUGCUCAGAAGCUGUCUCUGGACAGGGUGGAUGAGAAGCUGAGGCAACCCAUUCAGGAUCUGCUGGACUACUUGGGGUUCCUUCCCGAUGGCAACUGCAAACUCAAGCUCUUCGAACCGGUCAUGACCCUCAUCCAUGUCCUGGAUGAGCUGAGUGACAGAGCUCUGAGUCUGAUCUCCGGACUUGACAUAGAGGCCUACAGACAGCAGAUUGAUCUGAUGGACAUAGUCCUGCAUCAGGCAGACGGGAGCAUGAUUAUGAUAAACCCUGACUGGACGGCUCAGUAUUCCAAGGAGAGCCUGUGCUUGGUUCGGGAGCUGCUAUCUGACUGUGGUUUGAACAUGUGUGAUGAGCAGCCGAGCCUCAAGUUUGAAAUCUCCAGCGAACAGGAACCUUUGCUGUAUGCGACAUACACGGUGAUGACCGUGUUCAAGUUCCUGAAGACAGAUUGAAAAGCAAACCCAGCUAUGCCCUACCUGAACUCAAUACUGCCUUCAAGAAAUAAAUAAAUCCAUUAAUUUGAGUGUGUUGGUUUCAAAACAAGAAUAUCUGUCAUUCUCUCACCUUUACAAUUAAUGGAGUGAUUUAAAAGUCUCAGAUAAGAGUGAUCUCAGAGUGGCUCACCUGGCAACAGUACUGCUGCUGUGUGGUGUGCAGAGUGAGUUAUGCAGUAGACAUUCCAAUCCAGGCUAUGUGAAGAAGUAAUCUGUUCUUCGCUAGUAAGAAGCAGUGUGGGCAGGGAGGAAAAGUCAGAGUGUCCACCCCCUUCUCCUCAUCGCUUUGCUGGUCAGACACUCAAUGAGGAGCUCAGGGUGACAGGGUCAUUACACCUGGUCAGUGGGAUUGGAGGAUGCCCACUGAGCAUGUGGGUAUCCUGAACAGUGUGGAGAAUUGGUGAGAAGACUAAAAAUAUAACUGGAAAACAAAUUGUGAAUAAAAUAAGUGAAUACUCUGAAUUAAAAAACUUUGAAAUUUUAUGAAAUAGAUUGCUGUUGAUGAGGAGUCUUCAUUGUAAAGGUGAGAGAAGGUCAUUGUUUUGAAAUUAAGAAAUGGAUGAAUGGGACUCCAAGACUACCAAUGCAUUUUGUUCUAGGCCCUCGUGAGUUCAGGUAUCAGCAUAGCCCUAGUGAUAAAAUGACCAGAUGGAACUAAAUAUUUUUCAACAAAACAGGUCUGUCUUCUCUAGUGGCAUGCCAUGACUUAUUUAGCAAGGCAACUACUUUUACAGGAUGUAAACAAAAAAAUAAAUCUACAGAUUGUGUGUGUGUGUGUGUAUAAAUCUACACCAUUUUUACUAUUGCAGAGACAUUUAGCAGACACCUUUAUCCUACUCAACUUAAAAUGCAUCCUUUUUUUUUCCACUAUUUUAGAUUAGACAAGGUGGCAGUAAAGUAUAAUGGAGACGGGAGAUUAAUUUCUGCAUUUGCAUGACUUCACAGUAAAGUAUCAUGAACAUGAUAGAUUAAUUUCUGCAGUUGCAUGCCUUCACAGUGAAGUUUCAUGAACACAGCAGAUUAAUUUUGUAGUUGCAUGCCUUCACUACCUUUUCCAAAGCGAGGCUUGUAGGGAAGUCAGCACACCCUGCAUUGCGUUGCCCAGGCAACGGUAUGCAAUUCAGGGCAUUGCGUAUGGUGAACAGAAAGGACAUGGAUAAUACAAUUUCUUACAUCGAGGCUGACACAAAUUUAAUCAUGUAGUUAUAUGAUGUUAAAAAUAAUGCUAGUAUUAAUAUUAUGAUAUUACUGUUUAUUUUUUUUUAUUUUUUUUAUGUGACUUUAUAGGGCAUGAAAUGCAAUGUUGCAUAUAUAGAUGGCAUGCCACUGGUCUUCUCUAUAUCUUUGGGUUGCGGGACUGUUAAAAUCUGAAUAAACGUAUCUGAAGUUAA